AUUUUCAUGAGUUUCAUAAAAUAGAGGAUCAAUUAAACCUUAGUUAUAAUAUGAAACUAAUCUUGUAGAGAAAAAAGAUAGGUGAAUGAAUAUUGUAACUUCACAAUUCCCAUGUCAAGUAGCACCAAAAGAUGCUUAGUACUAUUAGAGAAAUGCAAGAACAUGAAACACCUCGAACAAGCACAUGCACAAGUAUUCACAACAGGCCUUGAAAACAAUACUUUUGCUAUAAGCAGAAUUUUGGCUUUCUGUUCAUCACACUCACAUCAUCAUGGAAGCCUCAAUUAUGCAUGUAGAGUCUUUGAAAGAAUUCAGAAUCCCACACUUUGUAUAUACAAUACAAUCAUCAAAGCUUUUCUAGUCAAUAACAAGUUCAAAAGCACCCUCCAUGUGUUUGUUAAAAUGCUUCAGAGUGAAUUGAAACCUGAUAACUAUACUUUACCUUACUUGUUGAAGGCUUGUGCAUCAAUUCAUGAUUGUUCUUUUGGGAAAAUGAUUCAUGGGUAUGGUUCAAAAUUGGGUCUUGUGUUUGAUAUCUUUGUGGGUAAUAGUUUGAUGGCAAUGUACUGUGUUUUUGGUGAUGUUGUGGCUGCAAGGCACGUGUUUGACGAAAUUCCUUGGUUAAGUGCAGUUUCUUGGAGUGUGAUGAUUUCUGGAUAUGCAAAAGUGGGUGAUGUUGAUUCAGCUAGAUUGUUCUUUGAUGAAGCACCUGAGAAGGAUAAAGGGAUUUGGGGUGCUAUGAUUUCUGGUUAUGUGCAAAAUAGUUGCUUCAAGGAAAGUCUUUAUUUGUUUCGUUUGAUGCAGUUGACUGAUAUAGUACCUGAUGAGUCUAUAUUUGUGAGUAUUCUUUCUGCUUGUGCUCAUCUAGGUGCUUUGGAUAUUGGUGUUUGGAUCCAUAGGUGUUUGAAUCGAUCAAAGCUAGUGCCGUUGAGUGUUCGUUUGAGUACUAGUUUAUUAGAUAUGUAUGCUAAAUGUGGGAAUUUGGAAUUGGCGAAAAGAUUAUUCGAUUCAAUGCAAGAGAGAGAUAUUAUAUGUUGGAAUGCUAUGAUUUCUGGUAUGGCAAUGCAUGGAGAUGGAAAAGGUGCACUCAAGUUGUUUUAUGAAAUGGAAAAAGUUGGGAUGAAACCUGAUGAUAUAACAUUCAUCGCUGUUUUUACUGCUUGUAGUUACUCAGGAAUGGCAUAUGAAGGUUUGAUGUUGUUGGAUAAAAUGUGUAGUGUUUACCAUAUUGAGCCAAAAAGUGAACAUUAUAGUUGUUUAGUUGACUUGCUAAGCAGAAAAGGGUUUUUUGAAGAAGCUAUGGUGGUAAUAAGAAAAAUGACCAAUUCAUGGAAUGGUUCUGAAGAGACAUUGGCUUGGAGAGCAUUUCUGAGUGCAUGUUGUAAUCAUGGAGAAACUCAACUGGCUGAACUUGCAGCUGAAAAAGUGUUGCGGUUGGAUAAUCACAUUCACAGUGGAGUAUAUGUUUUGCUUUCUAAUUUGUAUGCAGCAUCUGGGAAACAUACUGAUGCAAGAAGGGUGAGGGAUAUGAUGAAAAUCAAAGGGGCAAACAAGUCACCAGGUUGUAGCUCAGUAGAGAUUGAUGGUGUUGUCAGUGAGUUCAUUGCCGGUGAAAAAACACAUCUUCAUAUGGAAGAAAUACACACGGUUUUGGAAAAAAUACAUAUUCAGUUUGACUAUAAUCAGUAGCUAUACAAUGUUUAACUAGCUUUUUUUUUUUUAAACCAAAUAUCAUCCGCACACAACUACAGUGAGUAAUCUUUCAAGUCAGAUAGGAACCAGGUUUGUCAUGUGUGGUGCAGACGUGUAUGCAGCAGUUCAAUAACAUAGCAGACCUGCUUUUAAACAUAUGCAGUACUGAGGACUUGGAAUAACAUGGCAUGCACGGCACGGCGCAGCUGAUUGGUUUGUAGGCUUGAGACAUGGAAAGCUUGGUAUGAUGCAAACCAGCCCCAUGACAGUGGUGUUUCUGCAGAGCGGCCUGUUGACAGCAGUAAUUCUGCAGGUCAUAACCAGCCUGUAGCAAAGAGGGCUCGCCCACCAACUGAUUGGCUUAAAUGUAAUGUUGAUGCAACUUUCUUUGAGGAUAUUGGUACUAUGUCAACAAACUGCUGCUUUCGGAACAGCAGAGGCAAAUUCGUCAUGGCACAAACUCGAUGGAGAUUUUCUAGAAUGUCUGUUAUGGAAGGUGAAGCUACUGCCCUUACCAACACAAUCAUUAUGGCAUCCAGUUGUCUUUGAAAGUGAUUCUCAACUAGUAGUUAACUCAAUUUAUUCCAAUUCAUCUGGUGUUUAAGUUUAGUAAUUUAGUAUCCACUAUUAUUUCAAGUUUGUUAGUCACCGUUUAUUUGAUUCUAUUCCUCUUUGUAUCUGAGUACUAUUUGAUUAAUGAUAAUAUGAGUUAACUUUGCUA